AUGGAUGCGUGGCAGAGCCUGUCGGAACGGUGGAACUACUGUUCCGACACCCUAAACUCUGGCAUGGAAGGGUUUCGAGAGGCCAAAGCUGUCCCGCCCCCAUCGGAGCCGCUCCCUGAGAGAACCUUCAUCAUCGACAAUGGGGGGUAUACUAUAAAGGCAGGAUACAGCUCGCCCUCCAGCUCUGAUCCCCUAGAGUCAUGCCUGGUCGUCCCAAAUGCACUUGCAAAAACUCGAGAUAACCAGAUAUACACUGGUCUAGAGCUUGAAACCCAUAUAUCAGACUGGAAUGAGGUCAGCUUUCGCCGGCCCGUUGAAAAGGGUUACCUGGUCAAUUGGGAAGCGCAACGAGAGAUAUGGGAGCAUACUUUUUUUGACGAGAAGACGGCCCGUAGGCCAGAAGUACAAUGCUCUGAUUUUCUUGGGACAACCGUGAUUCUAACCGAGGCUCCCAAUGCAUUGAGCAGUUUGCAGAAGAAUAUGGAUGAGAUGAUAAUGGAGGAAUGGGGCUUUGGCGGAUAUGUACGAUAUCUCGCUCCCUGUCUCAAUGCAUGGAAUGAGGUCUGUUCUCUAUUCGGCGAUCCCCCUAGCCAGGACGCGAUCCCAUCGAAUCUCCCGGCUGAAUGCAUGCUAGUUGUCGACUCGGGUUACUCCCACACGACGGUGACUCCGGUGUAUCAUGGGCGUCCGUUGCAGCGAGCAAUACGAAGGCUUGACAUCGGUGGGAAACACCUUACAAACUACUUGAAGGAACUGGUUUCGAUCCGACAGUAUAACAUGUUGGAUGAAACUCAUAUUGUGAACAGCGUUAAAGAGGCUGUUUGCUACGUUAGUCACGACUUUGACGGCGACAUGGAGAAGACAUGGAAAGGGCGUAAGGGCGGUGUCUCGGACAUAGUCGUUGACUACGUCUUGCCCGACCCCAAUGCACACAAGAAGGGUUUUAUGAGGCCUCACGACAGUCUAUUGGCUGCUGAAAAGAGGAAGGGACUCAUGACUGGGGUUAACCCCUCUGCAGCGGAAGACGUCCUUGUUCUGGGGAACGAGCGGUUCACUGUGCCAGAGAUCCUAUUCAAUCCCCAGGAUAUCGGGCUACAGCAACCAGGAAUAGCCGAUAUUAUAAUGCAAUGCCUGUCCGUUAUUCCCACAGGCCUUCAUCCUUCGCUUCUAGCAAAUAUCUUUGUCGUCGGGGGCAAUGCAUUGAUUCCAGGGUUUAUAGAAAGACUGGAAACUGAUAUCCGGCAUCUGGCACCUACAGAGUGUGUCGUUCGUGUGAGGGCUGGCCCGGACCCCAUUCGUUCGACCUGGCUAGGGGCUUCCCGACUAGCAGCCAAUCAGCAGACCAUGAAGGAGAUUGCGAUAACUCGGCAGCAGUACCAGGAAUACGGUUCAGCCUGGGCCUGGAAAAAGUUCUCUGGUUGA